GAAAACCGCUCAGUCUUGGGCCGCUAAUCUAACUGUCCAUGUAGCAGGAUGCUCAGUUGUUUGGCGCCUUGUUUCUGAGCGCUGCUCCCGGAUUUGAAGAUUUAGCGGGAGCAGAUUUGAAGCCUGCCAAUUGUGUGUCCUGAGAGAUUGAAUGGCCAAAACAGAGAAGUGGAAUUAACACUUGCUGAAAGCAUUUCUUUUCUUCUUGGUACCUGACUCAUUUGUGGUGAAACAGCUUGAAGUGUGACAGGCCACAGUAAACACAGGUGUACAGGAACCAUUUACCAUGGAAGCCAGGGAACUUGGGAGUCCCACGCCCACCUACCAUCUUCUCCCCAAGGCCAACCAGCACAGUGAAAAAGAAGAUGUCAGCUCACCAUCUCAAGGGUCUCCAGAAACUAUGCAGCUGAAGAAGGAGAUCUCCUUGUUGAAUGGGGUCAGCCUGGUGGUGGGCAACAUGAUUGGCUCAGGGAUCUUCGUCUCGCCCAAGGGUGUUCUGAAGUAUACUGCUUCCUAUGGGUUGUCACUAGUUGUAUGGGCCAUUGGUGGGCUCUUCUCUGUUGUGGGUGCCCUUUGUUAUGCAGAACUGGGAACCACUAUCACCAAGUCAGGGGCCAGCUAUGCUUACAUUUUAGAGGCCUUUGGGGGCUUCAUUGCCUUUAUCCGUCUGUGGGUCUCACUUCUAAUUGUUGAGCCCACCAGUCAGGCCAUCAUUGCCAUCACUUUCGCCAACUACAUCAUCAAGCCCUCCUUCCCCACUUGUGAUCCUCCAUAUGUGGCCUGCCGUCUCCUUGCUGCUGCCUGCAUAUGUCUGCUGACAUUUGUGAACUGUGCCUAUGUCAAGUGGGGCACACGAGUACAAGACACAUUCACAUAUGCCAAGGUCGUGGCCCUCAUUGCCAUCAUUGUCAUGGGAUUUGUUAAACUGUGCCAGGGACACACUGAGCACUUUCAGGAUGCCUUUGAGGGUUCCUCGUGGGAUAUGGGAAACCUUUCUCUUGCCCUCUACUCUGCCCUCUUCUCUUACUCAGGUUGGGACACCCUUAAUUUUGUAACAGAAGAAAUCAAAAACCCAGAAAGAAAUUUGCCCUUGGCCAUUGGGAUUUCUAUGCCAAUUGUGACACUCAUCUACAUCCUGACAAACGUGGCCUAUUACACAGUGCUGAACAUUCAAGAUGUCCUGGAGAGUGAUGCGGUGGCUGUGACAUUUGCUGACCAGACAUUUGGCAUGUUCAGCUGGACCAUCCCCAUUGCCGUUGCUCUGUCCUGCUUUGGGGGCCUAAACGCGUCCAUCUUUGCUUCAUCAAGGUUGUUUUUCGUGGGCUCUCGUGAGGGUCACCUCCCGAACCUUCUGUCCAUGAUCCAUAUUGAGCGCUUUACACCUGUGCCUGCUUUAUUGUUCAAUUGCACCAUGGCACUUAUCUACCUCGUCGUGAAAGAUGUUUUCCUGCUUAUCAACUACUUCAGCUUCAGCUACUGGUUUUUUGUGGGCUUGUCUGUUGUUGGACAGCUCUACCUUCGCUGGAAAGAGCCAGACUGGCCUCGACCUCUCAAGCUGAGCCUCUUUUUUCCCAUCGUGUACUGCAUAUGCUCCUUGUUUUUGGUGGCUGUACCCCUCUUCAGUGACACCAUCAAUUCUCUCAUUGGCAUUGGGAUUGCCCUCUCUGGGGUCCCUGUCUACUUCAUGGGUGUUUACCUGCCAGAGUCCCGGAGGCCACUCUUUAUUAGGAAUGUUCUGGCUACUGUCACCAGAUUAACCCAGAAGCUUUGUUUUUGCGUCUUGACUGAACUUGAUGUAGCUGAAGAGAAAAAUGUUGAGAGGAAAGAAAACUGACUAGAAGCCAGAGAUGACAUUCCCUGAAGCCCAGAGGCUGUGACCACAGCCAUCAAAGACCAGUUACCUAACCCUUCUGAAUGAGAGGAGCCUCUUGGCCCACAUUCUGUAAGGGGGCUCAGGGCCAAUGCUCUCUCAUUGGUAAGCUAUGGAAGAUACUGAUCAGACCAGCCUGAAGAUGAGACUUCAGUGGGAGGGGAGGUUGGGGCAAGGAGUUGAUUUCGUUUUUUCUUCUUCUGGUGGAUAGGUACAGACUGGCCUGUUGGUACAUUGUAGUUGGCAAAGAGGGAAGAAUGUUAGGUUGACAGCUCCAUAGCUCACAGAAAAACCAGGGGUCUUUACAGUGGGGCUCCUUCAUGGGAAUUUAACUCUGACCAAGUCCUGCUACUUGAUUUUAGAAGCCUGAAAUGCUGCCAUGUUUUUCUGUAUUCUUCCUUGGGGAAAACAUUGUGUGUCCCCCCCCCCCCCCUUUUCUAUUUGCUGGGUUACAUCAACAGCAAGGCUUUAUUUAACUGACAUGGAAUCAAUGUGCACCCUCAUUCCUAAAUUCCACAAGAGGAACAUCACUCCCUGCCCUGGAACUUCAUGUUCAAGCAAAGAAUAAGCUUGAUGAGAGGAAGACCGACACUUCAGGGUCUGGGCAUGAAAGUCCUCCCGUCGAGGACUUCCCAGUUGUGGGUCCGGAAUGUUGGGAAAUCCUUGGGAUCUCAUUGUGUUCAGUGUGUCUACCUCCUUGAGGAGGUGCUGCCUGUCUGACUUUGCUUUGAUCAUUUUAGCACUAUGGUCAUAAUCCUUAGGCAAGGAGGUGAGCUUCUGGCUCAUAAAGAAAUUGUCUUGGCCACUAGAUUGCCUCCUUCCUAGCUGAAGCCAUGGUGCUGUGGAGCCCUUGAAACAAGGGCUGAAAGAAAACCUCACUACUCCAGCUGAGUGGGAGUAUCUCUGCUACUACCUGGGCAAGCCACUACAGUCACCAAAUUCCAACUCCUCUAUUUCUUUAUUUAUUGAUAUUUAAUCCAGAACACCAAUUGUAGUAAAUCAUUAGUGUCCACAGGAUGGAAUAAAUGGUAUUUGAAAAAAGUACCUUAGUUGGUGUGGUAGUACAUACCUGUAAUCUGAGCAUUUGGCAUGGUGAUAGAGGAGGAGUCUGAAUUUGAGGCUAGCUUAGGCCAUAUAGUAAGUUCUAGGCAGUCACUCUGGGCUAGCAGGAUCCUGUCUUAAAAAAAAAAGGGGGGAGUCUAAGAACUCAAAACAGAAUCUCCUGGCCCUUAGAUGUCUCAAUGUGAUAGUCAAAUUCUGACAAUGUUUCACAUAAUCUGUUGAGCAUUGUCUAUGAAGGUGAAGAUAAAGGAUUUUUCUGAGCUGGGCUCUGUGAUUCUAGCACUCAAUAAGCUAAAGCAGGGGAUUUGCUGAAAGUUCAAAGCUAGCCUGGGCUACAUGGUGAGUACCAUAUUAUAUGAGCUUAUAUAGUAAGAACCUGCCAAGAACAAAGACAAAGGACACUUUUUUUUUUUUUUUUUGGUUUUACAAGACAGGGUUUCUCUGUAUUGUUUUGGAGGCUGUCUGUCCACCCUGGCCUCGAACUCACAGAGAUCCAUCUGCCUCUGCCUCCCGAGUGCUGGGAUUAAAGGCGUGCACCACCAUCACCCGGUGACAAAGGAUACUUUUAAACAUGUACCUGUUACACUUUAAUAUAGAGACAAGUCACAUGUACACAAGUCAUCUGGCUCAACUCCAGCAAGGACAGAUGAGCAACUGCAUGAGCCCGAAGUCUGGUAAUGCUAUUUUGAAGGAUAAUCCUUUGUUUUAUUAAGACCUUUGGCUUUUGUUCUAGUUGACAGAAAGUAAAUCUCUGGAUUUCUGUUAUUAAGUGUAAGAGGCCUGGAAUGUUUUAAUUCAGGUAGAUUGCCUGAUCCAUCUGUUGUCAGUGGACUUGGAGAACAUCAUAGAUUCAAGUCAUCAAAUAGCUUGUGUGAAGUUUGCUGUGUAUACUCAUGCAAGCCUACUCUGGUGCUGGAAAGUAGUCAACUUUCUGAAAACCACUCUGAACCAUUUUGGGUUAUGAGAUAGUACACCUUGUUUGCAAGAGCUGUUGAGAUUGAAAUCCCAGAAAGUACUUGACUUGGUACUUGUACAUCUGUUAUUUCCUCCCUGUGAAGAUCAAUGAAGACUGUAGGAGUAAACAGCUUCAACCUUAAUCUGGCUCCUGGUAAAGGAUGGAAACAGCUAAUUCUGGUGAUCGAGCUAGGCUGCCAAUUGAAACCAAAACAACAGGCUUGGAUCUUUGUGGGCAGUAUAUCUACACUGGAUCAUACAACUGUGUUAGGAUGCCCUUAGACACUGUCAUCUUGGACACAGAAGAACCUGCUGUCUUGGCAUUCUCCAUGGAUAUUUCAUCUUUAAGUUUUGGAACUCAUGACUCAUAUAACUAUGAGACAUUCUCAACUUGUGAUCUUUUUUAUUUACCAAACUGGCCCUGGUUGUAAAGGAAUAACCUUGGAUAUAUGCUUGCUCAAUAAAGACUUAGGGGAGUGUGA